AUGAGCCUCGUCCUGGGCCCGUACGGCGAGGGUGCAGAGACGCUGCUUCACGGGGAGUUUGGGGCUUACCCCUCCAAGGGCUCCCGCUACGCCCUCAGCCUGACCCAGACGGCGCUGCACAUCCAGCGGCUGGUGCCCAAGCCGGAGACAGACCAGCGCACUGUGGUGCCCCUGGCCGAGGUGGUGGGCUGCCACACGCUGCGCAGCCGGGCGCCGGCCGACCGGGCGGCGUAUUUCUCUGUCUACGCCUACCCGCUGAAGAAGAGGAAGGUGGCGGUGGGGUCCGGGCGUGGGCGGCAGAGGGCGGCACGGACCUUCCAGGUGGACGGGGCCAACGACUACGAGAAGAACCAAGCGGUGGCGGAGAAAUGGGCGGCUGCCAUCAAGUGCCUGGUGCUGGGUAUCCCCAUCUCCAGUGACACAGACAUCGCUCCCAGCCUCCUGCCGCGCCCACGCCGGCUGCUGCUGCUGCUGAACCCGUUUGGGGGCAGGGGCCUGGCCCUCCAGUGGUGCCAGACCCAUGUGCUGCCCAUGAUCACGGAGGCGGACAUCAGCUUCAACUUGAUCCAGACAGAGAGGCCAAACCACGCCCGGGAGCUGGUGAAGAGCAUCAACCUGGCAGAAUGGGAUGGGAUCGUCGCCAUCUCAGGGGAUGGGCUCCUAUAUGAGGUUCUCAACGGGCUGAUGGAGCGCCCUGACUGGGAGCAGGCGAUCAAGAUGCCGGUUGGGAUUUUACCGAGUGGUUCGGGGAACGCCUUGGCCGGAGCCAUCAACUGUAAUGCCGGCAGGCUGGAGCAGGUGCUGGGCCUGGAGCUGCUGCUGAACUGUGCCCUGCUGCUGUGCCAUGCGGCUGUGGCCCCGCUGGACCUGGUGGCCGUCACCACGGCCUCGGGCGCCCGCUGCUUCUCCUGCCUCAGCGUGGCCUGGGGCUUCGUCUCGGACGUGGACAUCGAGAGCGAGAAGUACCGGCACAUGGGCGCCGCCCGCUUCACGCUGGGCACUCUGGUGCGCCUGGCCUCCAUGCACACCUACCGCGGGCGCCUCUCCUACCUGCCCGCCGCCGAUGCCACCGCCCACCGGCCCAUCUCCCGCAGCAUCACCGUGGCCCCCAACGGCCGCCUGCCCCUGCAGCGCCUGCCCUUGCACCGCGCCCUGUCCGACAUGGGGCUGUGUGAGGAGCGCCACGCCUUCCGGGGGGCUGAGCCGGCUCCCGCGCCCUGCCCCUCGCCCGGCUCCCCGCCCCCCUCCUCCGCCUCCGUCCUGCCCCCGCCCAGCUUCUCCUUCGAGCCUGGGCCGGGGGAGCUGCCGGCCGGCGGGGCGGGUGAGGCCCAGGUGGGCGGCCCCCCGGACGAGCUGUUGGUGCCGCUGGGGCAGCCGGUGCCCGGCUCCUGGGUGACGGUAGAGGACGACUUUGUGCUGGUGCUGGCCAUCUACCAGAGCCACCUGGGGGCCGACCUCUUUGCCGCCCCCUUCGCCCGCUUCGACGACGGGCUCAUCCACCUCUGCUUCAUCAAAGCCGGCAUCUCCCGCGCCGCCCUGGUCCGCCUCUUCUUGGCCAUGGAGAAGGGCAGCCACUUCGAGCAGGAGUGCCCCCAUCUCGUCCACGUGCCCGUCCGGGCCUUCCGCUUGGAGCCCCUCACCCGCAAGGGCAUCCUGACCGUGGACGGUGAGCGGGUGGAAUACGGCCCCAUCCAGGGCCAGGUGCACCGGGCCCUCGCCAGACUUAUCACCGGCGUCAACCGCCUCAAGAUCGCCACCGGCUGA